AAGGUUGCUGCUGGUAGUUUUAGCUCACUGGUGUUUCUUGUACCUUAUAACUAUACAAUUACAUGUUUUAAUUCUAAAUGCUUGUCAUUUCAGACAAUUGUACUAGAUGCUUUUUCAAUGUAACCUACAUGUGUAGACAUUUACUUGAGGACGAAGUCGGCCAACUUUACCUACAACUUGAAGAAAGAACAACAUUUGGUUUAGCCUACAGUACCACUGGGAGUGAAUCUACUUAACUCAACAUUGUGUAAAAUGAUUUUACUGUAACGGUCGUCGUAUGAAAGGGACCAAGGCGCAGCGGUGGCUGAUGUCGGUGACACGGUGCAUCCGUGGUGAUGUGCAGAGAGAGAUAAUAUGGCACAGGCUGCUUUAACUAAUCCUGAUCGUCGUAUUGAGAUCGUGUUGGUGGGUCAUGUUGGAUGUGGGAAGAGCGCUUCAGGAAACACCAUCCUGGGCAAGGAGGAGUUUGAAUCAUCAUGUAGUUUCUCAACUGUGACAAAGACUUGUGAGAGGAAGAGAGAAGUUGUUUGUGGGAUGGAGAUAGCUCUCGUGGACACUCCUGGACUAGACUGUGCCGAGGUGUCCAGUUACGAACUGUUUCUGUCCUUAAAGAAGGAAACAUACAAAAUCAUCGAUAUCUUCCUGCUGGUGAUCCAGCUUGGCAGGUUCACAGAGGAACAGAAUGCAGCUGUACAAAAGAUGGAGGACAUAUUUGGUGAGGAGGUGAGAGAGUUCACCAUGAUACUCUUCACACAUGGAGACAAGUUGAAACGAAUAUCGAUAGAAGACUAUAUCCAACAAGCAGGUGAACCACUUGGGCAAGUUGUUCAGAGAUAUGGUCAGAGAUACCAUGUGUUCAACAAUGAGUCUGGUCCUCCAAGCCAGGUGACAGAACUGUUUGAGAAGAUCAACAGAAUGCAGACUGUGAUACAUAACAGAUCAUACUACUUUUGUUCAUCCAGAGCAAAGAAGAGGGAGUUGGUAUUGUACAUCUCAAUGAAGACGGGGCUGAGCUUUUGGAUUGAGGAGGAGAGAAAAAGAUGUGAGGAGGAAAUAAAAAGACGUGCGGAGGAAAUAAAAAUACGUGCGGAGGAAAUAAAAAGACGUGCGGAGGAAAUAAAAAGACUUGCGGAGGAAAUAAAAAGAUGUGAGGAGGGAAAAAAGAGUGGCUGCAUAUUCAUGUAGGAUUAUUGGGAGCAGGAGCAACAAGCUCCAGUUUUAGGACUUGGAAUGACAGUAGAAAGUGGAGCAGCAGCCGCAACUGGAGUAGGAACUGCAAAAAGCAAUGAACACAAAUUGCAGUGGACAGAGUAAAAGGUAUCAUCAGCACUGUUGAUUCUGCAGUUUCCUAAGGAAAAUUCAGAUGUUAUUGACAUUUUUCAAUGGAUGUUAAAACUAUUGAAGGACCAACCACCCUUUGUGGAAGGGACAUCAUCACAAUAUUUGAUGUAUUGCUGGUUUGUUAUUGUCACGUCCUGACCCUGGUAAGAUGUCAUUUUCUAUAUUAGAGUAGGUCAGGGCGUGACAGGAGGUGUUUUGGGUGGUUUUCUAUGUUUUCCAUUACUAUGUUUAAGUCUAGUAUUCUAUUUCUAUGUUGGGAUGAUCUCCAAUUAUAGGCAGCUGGUCCUCGUUGUCUAUAAUUGGAGAUCAUACUUAAGUAGGGUUUUUUUCCACCUGUGUUUGUGUUAUUGUGUUCGUGUUGUUUAUUUAGGUGUGCGACGGGUAUGUGUACCCAUGUUGAUUUUUUUUAUGUAUUCUUUUUUUGGAGUUUGUUUGAAAGUUUAUUAAACAACUCCGCUUAUAUGAA